AUGAAAGGGUGGAGAAAAGCUUUGAGAAUUGUAAGCAAUUGGUUGGCACACAAAGACAAGGAUGAAUGGUUGAAAGACAUGAGAGGAAUGCUGAGUUUGGUGGCUACACUAAUGGCAACUCUCACCUUUCAAAGUGCUAUUAAUCCACCUGGUGGUGUUGUUCCUGCAAAUGAGAAUGGAGAAGUUCAAUGUCAAAACAGUUCGUGUUCUGGACAAGCUGUUCUAGCUCUGGUUUAUCCAAACGAUUAUACCACCUUCCUUUACUGCAACACUAUAUGCUUCGUUUCAUCCUUAGCUGUUUGUCUCUUACUUGUGAGUGGACUUCCUCUAAAUAAUCGCUUUUUCACAUGGCUGUUAUCCAUAGGGAUGUGCAUCAGCAUCAGCAGCCUCACUCUCACCUACUUGUUUGGUGCACAAAUGGUUGUUCCUGACAUUGUUUGGGGUCCAACUACCACCAUGUUUGGAAGGGUUAUUUUAGUUUGGAUGAUACUCUUGGCACUCAUCGCCUUCUUCCUUUCCCUUCGCCUCCUUGUUUGGAUCCUCACUAAAUGCAUUUACAGACAACGUGAAGUACGAAUAACUCCAACAAUCUAG